GCGUCGUUCUCUGACAUACGUCGCAAUCUUUUGGAAAACUUUUGCGUUUUUGAGUACCGCGUAAGGUGUCUACUUUCCAAAGCCGGACACGUAUCUGAUUUUGGACAUUCUUCACAUCAUCGUCCUAAUAAUUAUUUGCGCUAACAUCCAGCGAACGAAACUUCUUAUUGGCCUUGUAGUUCUCUUAAAUAUUCAUAUUUAAAGACCAAUAAGAAUUCCCAGAAUUAAGUGCGUGUCCGAGCAUUAGUGCUUUUAUUUCAUCUAAAACUGACUCAAAAUAUCGGCCUUAAUCUCAAUCAAGUUUAAUUCAUUGUUGUAGCGUUUUGAGACAAGAAUCACGUAGACUGAGAUUAUUGUUGCUCGAUCUCAGUGAAAAACUGUGAAUCUUUUAUCUUUAUCCUUUGAUUGUUAUAUUGAGUGGUUGUUUGGUUUUGUUGAGCGUAUUGUACGCCUUAAAUCCCUUUGAUCCCUGCGGAUCUUGCCUCACUGAAUGUUAUUGUAUAUCUCCGUAUCGAAUGAUUUAUCACAUAUAUCAUCAUCCAGAGCAUUCCUUCUCUGAUAUGAAUUUUUUAGAUCGUUAUUUAAACACGUAGCGAUUCCGAUGUGAAAAACAACUACACGUUCAAUUACCAAACCAUAUUUCAACAUAAAAAUAUUCAAUUCUAAUAACAAAAAUAAAAUAUGUAAAAUCACGCGUGUAUAAAUCCGAAAAUAUUUUACUAAAUAUUAAUCUCGCGGUAUACUGGACUCUCAUAUGACUUUUUCGCUAAAAGUCUUCGAGGCGUCUUAUACGCGAGACAAAGGAUCACGCGACGUUUGAGUCGCCGGCGAUCUUCUAUUAUUUCCGACCGCGAGUUGUUUCGCUCCAUGACGAUUCAGGCGACACACGUUCACGCAGUUUCGCCGAUCUUGCGCGUGUCCGCGAUAUCCUCGAGUCCACCCAGUAUGUCGGAAAUAAUUACGCAAACCGUGGCGAAAAAGGAAGACAAUGAGGACGAUCGUAUCAUCAACCUGGAGCUUCUCGGCGAUCCUUGCGGCAACACGCAGAUCCCUUUCGAUCCCGAGAGCCACGGGCUCUCUGCGGAUUUUCAGUUAACGAAAUACGCCGAUCCACUGAGAAAGAACUUGAAUUUGGAGCGACAGGAGAGGCAAUCGUUGCUCGACCUCCUUGACGGCAAAAAGGACGAGAAGACGAGUCCUUACACGCCGACGUGCGAUCGAAAAGACACUCGCGUGACGAGACUGGAUAACGGCGGGAUGCUCCUGGUGGAGACAUUCAACAUAAUCCCUCCGCUCGUCGACGAUCCUUACGUAAUGGGCAAAAUCGCUUAUGCAGUCAUCCUCGGAGGCAUCCAUUCUCUGGGUCUCGCUCAGUGCUCUAGCAUCAGGAUGAUCUUGGGCGUUUCCGACGUCAUGAAAGACGACGAGAGGAAGACGGUGGUGCCGAUGAUGACACGCGGCUUCGUGGACGCGGCGAAGGCCGCGGAGACGUCCGUCAAGGACUGUCAGGUCUUCCAAAAUCCGUGGUGCCUGUUUGGUGGCACCGCCACGGCGCUGUGCUACCCCCACGAGAUAGUCGAGCCGGUGGACGCGACCGCUGGUGACGUGAUAGUGCUGACGAAGCCGCUUGGAACGACGGUGGCUUUGGCUAUAUCGGAAUGGAUGAAGCAGCCUGAGAAGAAGAGCAGACUGCUGUUGACCAUCACCGAGGAGAAUGUCGAGAGAGCUCGUUCUCGAGCCGUCGACUGUAUGAUGAGGACGAACCAGAUCGCCGCUGCGCUUAUGCGAAAGGUUGGCUCCCAUCAAAUCUCGGGGGUCGAUUGGAUUUCGACUACCAUCAACGAAAUGUAAUUCGCCUGUCGACCCUUGAAUCAGUACAACGCCCACGCCGCAUGCGAGGUGGGCUCCUGCGGCAUCCUGGGACACGCGACUCUUCUGGUACAACGACAGACGAACGACGUGAAUUUCAUCAUCCACAACAUGCCGGUGAUCGCGAGGAUGAGCGCGACCGCGAAGAUCACAGGCAACACGUUCCCGCUGCUGCAGGGUGAAGUGCCGGAGGUGUCGGGCGGUUUGCUGAUCGUAUUGCCGCGCGAACAAGCGGCCGCCUAUUGCAAAGCUCUGGAGAAGAUCGAGCGUAGACAAGCGUGGAUCGUCGGGAUCGUCGAGAGCGGCGAGCGCACGGCGCGAGUGAUCGACAGACCGCGAGUGAUCGAGGUGCCUGCUAAGGAUAACGGUGUUUUCCUGUGCUCUUGGUCCCGGGACCGGUCUGCGGACCUUCCGUAUACCCUGGAGGAGGACACUGCGAAGGGCCGCGACGAGAGGACGCCGACGCCGGACGUCGUGGAGCCGGAGGAGUCCGGCCGCGAGCACGACGAUCCGCAGGAGGAUGAUCCGUACGAGUACGACGACGACAUCAGGCCGCCCGCGACGUCCAGGGAGGCCCGCGGCGGCGACGACGACGACGACGACGACGAGGACGUGGAGUGCCUGUCUCUGUUCGAGGCGGCGAGUUAUCUCGCCGCGAGUUCCUCGGUGCCGACCACGCGGGUCAGCGCGCCUUGCUGGGGAUGCAAGAGCUGUACUGUCGAGGCCCUGCCGUUGUUCCUCCUCGGCUCGCCGACGGAGACGACCUGCACGUGUACCUCUUUCCUAUGUAGCAACCGGGUGAGCCAAAUGACCAAGACCUAUAAUGAUAUAGAGGCAGUUACAAGGCUUCUAGAGGAGAAAGAAAAAGACUUGGAGUUGACGGCGCGCAUCGGUAAGGAACUGCUGACGCACAAUCAGAAACUUGAGAGCACGGUAAACGCAUUGGAAGCCGAGCUCAAGGAGGCGAACGAAAAGAUCACACAGUUGAAUCAUGAGCUACUGAAGAAGCACGAGCUGAUACAGAUACUAACGAACGAUGUGGACGAGUCCAGCUCAGAAGCCGGGACACCCACCGGCCUCCGCGGCAUCAAUUUGGACCUGUUGCAGAGGAAGAUCAACACUCUUGAAGAUGAGAACAAGCAGUUACGCAACGAGUUCGCCAAAUUAGCGCACGAUGCCGACGAUUCCGAAGAACAGGAAGCACGCCUCGUAAAGGACAUUACAGCGCAAUUAGUAAGUGCCAACAUGGAGGUAGACGGCAUUGCGGAGGAACUCGGCCGUCAGAAAGAAGAAAACCGUCUGCAACAUGAGCAGAUAGUCAGUCUCACCGCAAAAUUGGCUGAGACGGAGCUCAGACUUGCUCAACUGAUGGCUGAGCAUGACGAAGUGGGAGCGACUCUAGUCAUCACUAGGGAUAAUCAAAAUACACUGGCCAGUGAACUAGCCGAAUUCAAGGAGCGAUACGCGGAGGUGGUGAAUUUACUGGCUGAAACGCAAGAGCAGUUGCGAAAACAGAGGAAACGCGGAAUGCCGACUGUGCGUGGUGGUCCUCUGUUUCCGUCGAUGGGCGCGGCGCCACAGCCGGAUUCUAUCGCUUCGGAACUGGAAUCAUCCCUUUAUUCAGAAUUCAGCGUUGACUCUGGGAUCAGUGGUGACAGAAUACCAACGUACAAAAAAGUAUUUGAAACGGUUCGUACCGCAUCACGGUCGUCCCAUGUGACAAGUAUGGAUCCCAACCAAUUCCCCAGGAUAGGUUCUAUGACGACGUCUACGUUAUCCAGCAGUUCCGCUGGUCCGCGAAUGAGUUGUGGACAAGUGCGACCUCACGCGUCUGCAUAUCCCAGUUUAGACUCCGCUGGACAUAGUGAUAGCGAGGGAUCUCUCCUUACGGAGUCAGAGGAUUAUCCAGGACCACAACGAACCGGUGUACCCGGUGCUCCCGGUGCAGCUGAUCUAGAAGCUGCUUUGCGUCGUCUGACGCCGGCCGAGGUUUUAACCAGGCGUGCGUGUCUCAGUACAGGCGCUGGUUACAGUUAUGAUUACGACGGUGGUGGCAUGCACUCGCCGCCGACGUUCUUGCCUUUUGGCUGUCGCACUCCGGACAGCAUCAUGUCGACUGGCAGCAGCGGUAAUCUAAGCGGCUUUAGCGGCAACAGCGGCAACACUUGGCGUAUACCGGAGAAACUACAGAUAGUUAAGCCGAUGGAGGGAUCUCAGACGUUACAUCACUGGUCGCAGCUGGCGACACCGACACUGGGUGGUCUAUUGGAAGACAGACCAGGCGUGAAAACCAGGGGCGGACGCGGUCUCGAGGACCUCGGUCUUGUUACAUUUACUUUGAGUGAUUUGGAGGAAGACGAGGAAUACACCAAUCCGGGUAAAUUGUUCCAAGACACCGGCUCGGUCUUUACGUACACCAACAGUACAGUGUUGCAUCCGGACGAUCACACUAGCGUGACACCGAGCGUUGUCGGUAGUCGGGUCGCUACAGCGCCCAACAGCGGUAUGAAUUCCGGCAUGAGUACACCCCGCACGCUCAGUCGUCGUAACUCCACGUCGACAUUCUCCACCACACUCGGGCUGGCCAAGAUGUUGAAUGAGAGAGGUAUCAAGGCCGUGACGCCGUCGUGCCUAGGUACUCCGUCCUGUGUAGCAACGCCCACUGGCGAGCGAAAUUUCACACCGACUGCCACACCGUGCAACAGUCCAGACGCGAGCCCACCACCUACACGAUCGACGUCACCACCGCCAGAAACUGGCAGCACUCUUGCGCUAGGAUUAUUCAGUAGCGGAGCAGAGUUAUUAAAACGUACUUUCAGCCAUGAACCACCGGCAACGGCGGCACAGUCCAAGAAAAAGCGACCAAAACCGGCACUCUCGCGUUCCGAAAAGAAAGCUCUCACGGGUAUACGCCUGGUGGAAAAGCUCGAGAGGAUCGGAAUCGACACGAUCAUGGCCACUACCAUCUCAUCGAUCUCGCCCUUAGCGCUGCACGGUGCUUUGUAUACGCGUCGCUUGACUGAGAGUCCAAUGGCACAAUUGACUUUCCUCAAGACCUCAUUGUCCUCCAGUAUCAGCCAAGAGAAGCUAAUAUCUCCCUCGUCUUCAGCAUCCUCCGUUAGUGGCGAGUUCCCGACGGAUAAACCGCCAUUACCGGGCAAACGAAGCGGCGGUAAGGGAGAGUCCGAGGCCGAUGCGCGGUCUAGCUCUAAUGCAUUUAACUUGAGGGCGGGCCAGUCGUCGGGUCGACAACGACGAUCAGGUGCUAAAGCGACAAGACCCGACUUAGGACAAGUUAAGCCACCGGCUCCGACGCCCGUCACUAAAGAAUCCGCUGCGCAAUCGGCAUUGGGCACGAUAAGCUCGCUUCUCUUUGGUCGUAAGGGCGGCUUAUUGUGAAGACUUAAUAGAAUCUGUAAUUCGAAGGGUGGAUUAGUCUAUAUCAGUGAAUUAAUUUCUAAUGAAUUUGCGAAAGGAAGCUCUUUUUUAUUACUUGAAAGUUUCGGUUCACGCAUUCACUGAAUGAUACACGCGCUUGUCUGUAUCAUCGCGCUUAUCUGUAUAUCGUAAUUUUCCAGCAAACCAUUACAAUGAAUCAUCGUGAAAAUUGACAGUUUUACGCUGUUAAAAAGUGUAUCAACUCUGAGGAUUUAUACGAAUCAAGUUGCUAAAUAUAGCCGCACUACGUACACUGAGCAUAAAAUCAUUGUAUCUUAGAUUUUGUUUCGAAAAGAAGAAAAACAAUGAAUUAGAAGCGAGAUUAAUGCUGAGACAGAUUUUUCAUAGGUUGUGAUAUAUGAGGAAAAAUCGGUAAACCGCUAGAGAUCAAAGAGAAAGAUAUCCCGAAAAAUUAUUUUAAUCUUGCAAUUAUGUGAAUGAAAUACGUAUAUACAUAUAUAUAUAUUUCUGAUAAUAUUAAGCAAGAAAUCCGAAAAACGAACUAGGGGGGGGGGAAGAACUAUAGUGGCAGGGUAGUUAGUGAGAUUAAUAAUCGUAUACUCGAAAUUCACAGCUAAUCAGGAAAAAUGAACUGUCAUUAUCUUGACACAUAAAUCAGUAAUUAACAAUAGGGAUGGAAUGCACAGGGUGAUGCAUCGCUCAUGAUACAACAUUUUAUGCGAUUUAGCACAAUAAUUCUAUUUUGGUGCUGAUUUAUUUUCUUUUCCGGUAUAUGCUUGAUAAUGAUGACGAUGAGGAGUCCGUAGCAGCAUUGCCAAUGCUAUUGUCAGUCUUUGCACGCGGAAGAUUGUGCAUUUAGCGUGGAGUCACAAAGUACUGUAUAUAGGCGAGUAAGAUGCAACUACCGGAGGCCAGUUGAAGCGCCUCGCCGUUUUUAGUCCUGACUUUUUUUGUGACUUAUUAAUUUAUUGCAACAUUGUUUCCUGCAGAUGGGGCUCAGUUUUACAUGUAAGUGACCUAUGAUGUACUAUAGAAGAGUGUUUUAGCUCGUCGCAGCCUUGUACAUAGACGUACAAAUUAAUAAAUUAAGUUAGAAAACAACGUGUCGCUAUCCUGUCUCGUUUGCAUCUCCGCUCACAUCUCCUUAUCGUUGUUGUCGAGACCGGUGUCCGAGAGGCCUAAAGAGUUACAUGAAAGAAUGAAAAAUUGGGGUGAAUAGUCAUGUGUGUGUGUAUUGUAAAUAGAGUUUAUCGGUCCGACACGAUUGUCACGAAUCGAGAUCGGGGUAGAAGGGGUGUCAUAUUUUACUGCAAUUACAUUUUGUACUGAUACUUGAGAGAUGCAGGAUCUAACGCAGAACUGGUAUUCGCACCGAAAACUUAGCCCUUUCCAAUAAUUAUUUUAUCCAUAGCGCGAUAUAGUUUUUAGAUACUUUUUAGAUACUUUAGGCUGGAUAUCGAAAGAAGUUCCUGAGCUUAUCUUGUGUGUUCGUAAAGAGAGAAUGAAUUAUAUAUUCAAUAUAAUGAACAUUAAAUAUCCUGCAUGAAGGACGUAAAAUGUAAUUAAAAAAUGCAUUUAGAUAGAACGUAGAACCUCUUCCUCUCUCUCUCAUUUCUUUCUCUCUCGAGUAGCAAAGCACAUGCCAUGUUUGUUUCAGAGUAUUAUGUAUUAAGUCAAUCGUAUCAGUAAUAAUUGCGGUAAAAGCGAAAGUGAUUCGACGGAAUAAAAGGCGCGCAACAUCGCGAUAUAGGAUCACGUUAUUAGUUUCUUAUGAAAACUGACGAUACUUAUGAAAAGCACACAGGUGCAACAUAAAAUAUAUAUUACAACAUAAGAAAUUUUUAACGUAAUUUAUUUGUGGAAUUCUUUUUUAUUUGUCCGAUUUAAAUUGCUCCGGCAGCGAAUAGACUUCACUACUAAGUUUUCACGGUGAACAAGCGAUACAUGUACAUGUAAAAUAGACACGAUGCGUUUUACGAACCAACGAGUAGAUUAAUAUUCCCCCGAUUAUAGUCGCGUUGCUUCUAUAAAUACGUCCCUGCGGCGAACGCAAUGUUAGCACUAAGUAAAGCGUCUCGUGUAUCUCGCUACAGUGUUAGAUCCAUUAUCAAGAUUCGAGAUCGAGUACCUGUAAAGUUUUCGUAUUUGUUGCCUGAUGUUAUUUUAGAUUGUGAUAUUUUUACAGUAGCGUAUACUUAAGUUGAUAUGUACUUAUCCCGAUGAUUUUUAUGAAUUUAUUCGACCUACCGAUUGUUUUACCCGCGUCUACAACUAGCAUGUCUUACAAGCCCUUUACCAUAAGGUGCUACGUAAUUAUUCUAGAUAUAUAGUAUCUGCACUGUAAUUAAACAAUUGUUACAGUAGAAAUUGCGGUAUGUCAUACCUCCAAAUUGAACAAUAAAUAUAUUUAAGUACUAA